UCCUCAGUAGUUGUGGCGGCGGCGAGGAGCAGCAACGUGACGGCUAAACGCGGACCCUCGGCGGCGGAUAUCGCGGCCACAGGCGAGGGCAGUGGGUUGACUUGGUUUGUGGCACGACUGCAAGCGAAACGGGACCCGUCAGGUUCGCUUUCUGUGCAUUUUUCUCCUCUGGUAAGGCUGACAUAGCCCAGAAAAUGGCAUCAGAUGACAUUUCUAAACUUGCAGAGUCGCUUGCCAAAACACAGGUGGGCGGAGGACAGCUGAGUUUCAAAGGAAAAAGCCUGAAGCUCAAUACUGCAGAAGAUGCUGAAGAAGUGAUUAAGGAAAUUGAGGAGUUUGAUGGCAUGGAAGCACUGCGUCUGGAAGGCAACACUGUAGGUGUGGAGGCGGCAAAGAUCAUAGCCAAGGCUUUGGAGAAAAAACCUGAGCUCAAGAGGUGUCAUUGGAGUGAUAUGUUCACUGGAAGGCUGAGGUCUGAAAUCCCUCCUGCUUUGAUCUCCCUUGGGGAGGCCCUUGUUUCUGCAGGCUGUCAGCUUGUUGAGCUGGACCUAAGUGACAACGCCUUUGGGCCAGAUGGGGUGCGUGGAUUUGAGGCAUUGCUGAAGAGCCCUGCCUGUUUCACCCUGCAAGAACUCAAGCUCAACAACUGUGGCAUGGGCAUUGGUGGAGGAAAGAUCUUGGCAGGAGCUCUGCAAGAAUGUCACAGGAAGUCAAGUGCUCAGGGUAAGCCGUUGGCUCUGAAAAUAUUUAUGGCUGGCAGGAACCGCCUGGAAAAUGAUGGUGCUACUGCUCUUGCUGAGGCAUUCCGGAUUAUUGGUACACUGGAAGAGGUGCAUAUGCCACAGAAUGGAAUCAACCAUCCAGGAAUUACAGCUUUAGCACAGGCCUUUGCUCUCAAUCCUUUGCUAAGGGUGAUCAAUCUGAAUGACAACACUUUUACAGAGAAGGGGGCUGUGGCCAUGGCAGAGUCCCUGAAAAAACUCAGACAAGUGGAAGUGAUCAACUUUGGUGAUUGCCUGGUGCGUUCAAAAGGUGCUGUUGCCAUUGCUGAAGCUGUUAAAGAAGGGCUGCAUAAGCUGAAGGAACUCAACAUAUCCUUCUGUGAAAUCAAGCGAGAUGCUGCUUUGAUCAUCGCUGAAGCUACUGAAGAUAAGUCAGAGCUAGAAAAGCUAGAUCUCAAUGGCAAUUGCUUUGGAGAGGAAGGUUGUGACCAGAUUCAGGAGAUCCUUGAAAGCUUCAACAUGGCAGACGUGCUUGGAUCCCUGAGUGAUGAUGAAGGGGAAGAUGAGGAGGAUGAGGAAGAUGAAGAUGAUGAUGAAGAAGAAGAUGAGGAGGAGGAGGAGGAGGAAGAAGAAGAAGAACCUUCUCAGGUGCAGGAGAGGGGGCAAGGAGAACAAGAAUUGCUGACUCCUAAAAAAUUUUUAGAGACUCAUGAUUCCACUCCAGUGUCUUCCACUCUUCCUCCUGUGGAUGUCGGCACGUUUCUUGCUUUUCCCUCUCCAGAGAAACUGUUGCGACUGGGCCCCAAGUGUUCGACGUUGAUAGUUCAGCAGACAGACACGUCUGACACUGAGAAGGUAGUUAUGGUUUUUUUGAAGAUCUCUUCAGUGUUCAAAGAUGAAACAACGGUGAAAACAGCAGUGCAUGAAACAACAGAUGCUUUGAUGAGGGAAGCCUUUUCUUCAGCUACCUUCAAUUCUGAUGCUUUCAUUACAAGCCUGCUGAUCCACAUGGGAUUACUCAAGAGUGAAGAGAAGAUCAAGGCUGUUCUAAGCCUUUAUGGCCCUCUGAUGACUCUAAAUCAUACAGUCCAGCAAGAUUAUUUCCCCAAAUCUCUUGUUCCAGUGCUCUUGGCCUUUGUCACAAAACCCAACCGUGCUUUGGAUUCUUGUUCUGUUGCCCGCCACUUACUGUUGCAGACUCUCCAUCAGCUGUGACACAUGAGCAGCUACCACCAUCCCUGUCAUAAGACUGUCAGCAAAGUGUUUCAAGAUGGAGAGCAGGAAAAGAGAACAGAACUUAGGGAUGAAACACUCUUCCUAUCUUGUCUCCAAGAUGUCUGGCUGCCUUCUGCUAUAACAAACUUUGAGAAACUCUGCACUAUGUUUUUAUGUUGUUGUGUUUUUUUUAAAUAUUAUUUUAAGCUCCUCGUUUCCAAAGUGAACUCUGCCUUCCUAUUUUAUCUUGAAAGUUUCUGUUCUGCUAGUUCUCACUCGUCUGUUCUACUCUUGUUUUGUUGGGACUUCUGUUUCCAAAUUCAACUGUUGUCAAAGUUUGGGACUUGCCUGUUGUCUCAAAUGGUAUUGUUUGUCAAAGGACCUCCUCUCUUGGGAUAGUAGCAGCAGAAUUCUGAAUCUAGCUUUAUUACUCCAUUAAGCGGUAAGAACAAUAUUGGGUAUGUUUUCCCCCCCAGUUGUUAGCCAGCACCAGAUACAAAGCAUCAUUGCUGUUUUUGUAGUUUCUCUAAGAUUUGGGAUGUCAUGUGGAAUGUGACAUAUAUCCUAAGGAAGGUACACUACAUUGCCUGUUUGGUUUUCAUGAAUAAUGAUCCUUCACCACUUUUCAUUGAAUUUUCUCACUAAUAAGACUGAUUCUGCUGGCCUGCUGUAGUGAUACUGAUUUAUGCACCCACAUGUGCCCAAUUAAAAUAGAUUUGGUUCAGAAUAAGCAAAAUCAGUUGUGGCUCUUCUUAGAACCUUCUCUUCUUUAUCCUUUCUCUUCUUGUCAGUGGGGAUCAUUGCUGUCUGUGAAGUAGCAGGUUUCAUCUGUGAAGCAGCAGGUUUCAUCAAUUAAACUUGGGGGAUGUUUACUGCAUAAGAAGGAAGUAGGCUAAUCAAACUGAAAUAGAACUAAAAAUUAUUCCUUCGCACAGUGUAAGUAAUUGUCCAUCUCAGCUGUACCUGAAGCUCAAUUCUCUUGUCCUGUUGUUCUCUUCUUCAAAGUUGUUAGGAUUUUUGCAUUUGAAUCUUCUUCUAUGCAACUGUUUUGAGAUUUCAUUUCAAAAUUUGAAUAGAAUGGAACCCAUUACAAAUGAGUUCCUCACCUGAUGCUCUCAGAUUUUUUUCCAGCCGCUAUGGCACAUCAAGCUAUGUGAUACUCAGUUCAAAGAAAACAAACUACUAGGUGUAUCUCCUGUGUAAGAGCCACAAAUUUGGAUCACUGUUUUUCCUUUCAAAUGGACAUUUAUUCCCAAAGUCACAUUCUCAGAAAAUCAGGGCAAUUUAUAAGCACAGUGGUGUGAGGGUCAGCAUAGUAUAAUGGCUAGUAUCAGAAUAGGAUCUAGGAGAACCAAAUUCAAAUCCUUAGUCUGCCAUGAAUACUUGUUGAGUGACCUUGGGCCAGUCACAUGCUCUCAGCCCAACCUACUUAACAGAGUUGUGAAGAUAAAAUGGAGGAGGAGAUAACGUUGUAAGCCACUUGGGAACUCCAUUGGGGAAUAAGUUGGGUAUAAAUGAAGUAAAUAAAUAUACACUAUUUUCAUGGCUGUAGUUCUUAAUAUACUGUGAUUUUUUAAAUAGUUUAGCAUCUGACUUAAAUUGCCUUGCAUAAUCUUAUAUUCCUCCACCAGGAAAACUUUAGCGUUAGAGCCUUGUUAUAUAUCUCUGGAGUGGGUUUCUCCCCCCUAAUCUCACUCAUCAAGUGAAUGGUCAGUUUCCGCACAUAGAUCAGACUCAGAGUAGACAAUACUGUCCUUGAUAGACAAAAAGUCUUGCUCGGCAGAAGUCAGCUUUGAUUAUUAAUUACUUUA